AUUCGUUGGAAAUAGAGGCGUCAGACAUCUAGACAUGCCUGCGGCAGACGAGACAAGACGCCCAAAAUAAUCACUUGUUCUCUACCUGGUAAAUGGGGCGUGCGUGUUUUGCAAGAGUCUUAAACCUUAAAGCCGCUGUGAUUGUGCGUUUAACUUGAUUUAUAUACACGGGAUGAUUUAAGUGAAGACACUGAAAGUAGUACGGUGACAGGAUACAAUAGGACGUUUGACCUUGACAUCAUCGAAAUUGACAGAACGGGGUGAUGUAAAUCACAGUUACGCACGCUUCGGUUGUUCAUACUCGUUUAGUUGGUGGUGGUCCCCUGAACAAGAUCACUGACGUGUCAAGAGAGAUUAAAAAUGCAGUUAUAUUUUAGGCCACAUUUAUAGCUUGCACCAUCAUCUGAAGUCUCUAUUUUCAUGUCCCGUUACGCACGGCAAAUCAACAUUACGCAGACAGCUAUAUUGGUAAGGUAGAGGACAUCAAUCUACUUAGCGCUCUGCAGCUCCCUAGAGAGUUAAAUACCGCGUUCUGAUCGUUUGUAAUGGUCAGUCUUUGUGUGUGUGCUUUUGUGUAUGUGUGACUGCGCGCGCGCUCUUGUGCAUGUGCCGCUCUGUCAUGUCGUGUCUGAAAAGGGUUAGUGGGUCACGAAGACGUCCAGUCUCUAGUCUGUAUGAACUAUGAGGAGAUGUUUGGCAUGUAGAGAUUUCUUUUUGUGUUAAUAGUCCUAGACGGGUAGAUCAAAUGCCGUUAGUUGCUUUUUCCAUUAAGCUUCAUUAUAAUUGUAUGAAUGCUUCUUUUUGUUGUGGAUCAUUGCAGCACUGAUUAGACCUUUUUAGUCAUGCGUUCACAACAUUAUUCAAUGAUUCAUAUAGGAAGACAUUUCAAAAGAUCAAUUAUUAUAAAAUAAGGCUUAGUGUCUCCAUGCAUGACUUGUGGACCUUUUUCUCUUUCAUGUCAUGACAUAAUUCAUUUGAUUAAAGGCAUUUUUUCGGCCACAAAUGGGAACCAGAUUAUGGAUUAGUUUGCGACAGCAGAUUAACUGUAAAUGGUUCGGUCAGGUUGAAAUAUCUCUCUAAUGUUACAAUUAGACAGCUGAUCUUUUUAUGGUGAGCUCAAUGGCCUUUUUGCUGCUUGUGCGUCUUGUUGAACCCCCUGCUGCGUGCUGCGUCGGAUCCUUGGUAAAUGGUUCCUUGUUUCAAUUCAGUCAAGACAAAUGUAAAAUUAGGUAAGGUACUGACAGAUAAACCAACAUAGAGAACACAAAAGAGUGAAAAUCACAGCACAGCCAAAAGGUGGAGGCAGAUCCCUGCGUGUGUCUGUGUACUGAAGGUUUUGCUGACAGUGAUUGAGUAGUGGAUUAUUUUGUUGAUUUGAACAUUGUCUCUUUCAUGAGUUUAACAGUAAAACUGUGUGCGUGUGAUUUUUAAAGGCCAACAGGAGACUUGUAUGGAGUGUAUAGAGUGAAGUGAGUGAAGGGUACUGGCAGGUCCUGCGAAAGUAAUUAAACAGAAUUGAUCGUUGUGAAGAGCCCCACUGUUCUGCUGACUCUACUGAAGCUCUCCGAGUCGCUCAACUACACUCAUUUUAUUAUUAAUCAGGCACUUACCAACACACUUAAACGUUUUGGGUUGCUUCAACCCAUCAUUGUGUCAUAUUUGGACAGCUAUAGGUAAGGUUAAUUUAACCCAAAAAUUGGGUUUGUCCAUGAUUGACCCAACUAGGAUACAAUCCUGCAUUUUUAAAGUGAAAUAAAUAAAAACGUGGACAUAAAAGGUUGCAUUUGAAAACAAGAUACAAAAUAAAGGCACGGCUGUAUGAAUCAUACAUUUCCGGGAUAAGCUAUACAGCAUUGUUUAAAGAUAGUUCACAGCUGAAUGCCUCGAUAGACCAAUAAGAAUCAAGCAUUUCAGAUAGUCAUGUAAUAAAGCUACAUGAACACGCACAGACAUAGGCAGACUUCAUUUCUCAGUCACUCUUACACCCACUGCUCGCUGGCAUGUGGUACUACAGGAAUUAUGGGUAUCUGGCAGUUACAGGGCACAGAGGAUGUCUGGGAUUGUCUGAGUGACAGCAGGGUACUUUACUGCAGCUGUGCCCAUGUGUGUGCGUGCGUGAUGGAUUCAUGAGUCUGAGUCUUAUUUGACUUCCAUGUGGAAAGAUCAUCCACAGCUGGGAUGGACUUUGAGUACCAAGCACCAGGGCAGAAUGUCAAACAUUAACCAUGCGUGUUUGGUAACCCAUCCUGAAUGUGGAGCCGAGGUCAAAGGUAAUGCUCUGAGAGCGGCUUUGCUAAAUGUCAUCUCAUAAGGUUUUCUGUGGUGUCAGAAAGUGUGCGUUUUUAAAAUUUCCAUAUCAGGAGCGUUUGGAGAGCAAAAACCUUUUGAAAAGAUAAAGAGUGUAAAGGUUAGAAUAAUGUAAAAAAGGCAGAACUGGACACCACAAAAGGAAUUUCGUAGUAUGUUUUUUUUUGUGUGUGUUUACUUGUUUUAUGGUACAAAUUUCAAUACAUUUUAGAAUGAAGAGAUAUUUACUUGUGAAGCAUUAUACCAAUAAAUAUAGGUCUUGUUUAAAAAAAUAAAAAAGGCUUUUUAUGAUUUAAUCAAGAAAACAUAUCGGUCAGUGAGGUUAGAAAAACCUUUCAAGUUUAUUUUCCUAAUUCAUUGGCAACUAUCUGUUUCUUGUUUUAAUACUGUUUUUUUGGCACUGUUGACAUAAUUUAAUCUUGUGAUGUGUAUCUACUAGAAUUACAGUUGAUGAAAUGCAUUGUAUGUUUUCUCUUAUAGUUAAGCAUGAACAAUUUUUGAUAUGCGGCUCAAUAUUAUGCCGUUUUGAGUUAUAGACCUUUAUUGUAAUGGAAUCUUGGGUUUAUUGUGAUUUGAUUAAAUAAGAGUAAAGCAUUCAAUUGCUCAGCAGAGUCUGUGCCACAAAACAAAUUCAGAGCUUUGCUUCGCAUCUUACAGAAGAAUGCCUGACUGUUACUUUGCCAAGGAGAAGGAUCUUCUUUAAACGUUGUGAGCUGUUUACAUUCCAGUCUGUGUUUGUCUUUCCGCCUCUCUUUCUUCUUUUCCCUUUCUUUCUUGCUCUUUCUGUCUAUUCUGGAUUCAUCUGGUAGAUUUUUGUUACGUCAUAAUGUGCCACUUAACAGAAGUCACUAUGAAUCAAAGGAGAAUUUAAAAUGAGAGUUAUUCUAAUUCUUAAAGUCAACAUGAAAUCAGAGCAGACCCUAUUUCUGUCCUAAGACACAUUCAUGGUCUUACUGUGCACAGUUUGUCAUGAUUUCUAAAGAAAAUGUUUGGAAGCUUUCAUCGAAAUGUCUUAACUUGCUCCAUCUCAAGGCUGAGCUAUUUGAUAACGUUGAGUACCUGAAAGGAAAUAGUCCAUCCCUUCCAAUGCAAACUAGCAUCUGCCUCCAUUCGGGUCGCCAUAUUAAUGAUCCAAUUAAUUACAGAGAAAUAAAGAGUAGCACCACCAAACCGUUCUUUUAAUCUUAUAUCUUCUUUUACUCAGAAAUGUCACAUUAAAGAAAUAAAAUGGAUUAGGAAUGCCGUUUCAUGUUGACUUGAAUUUGCCACUCAGUGUCGGAAAGUUUCCCCGGAGCAGAUGUUAAUAAUCAGAACAGAAUUUAGAUUGACCCCUUCAGCAGAUGACACUGUGAUGUGUGUUGUUUUAAAAGUGCAUGCACACUGCCAGCAUGUAUAACAUCAGUCGUGCAUGAGGUUUGCUGAGUCAAAGGUAAUGCGGUCUCACUGGGAUGCACCUCUGCAGGCCUUAUAAAACACUGAGAUGACAGCCGGUAAUGGAGUCUGAAUCGCUGUUUAAACUUUCAGGAUUCUGCCACCUGACUGCUUCAGUCUUUAGGAUGCUUAAUGUCCCUUAUAAUGUUAAGUGAGCUGUGCCAUUAAACACCGGCCAGACAGAUUUGCUCCUAUGAUGGAGUACACUAUUUGCUUCCAACACAAAAUGUAUAAUAUACAAAGAUCUAUUGGAGAUGUGGGCAGUUGUUCAUUAUUGAAAUGUUUUCUCGCAUCCCAGCUCAAUAGACCGAGAAAAGGAAACCAUUCAUAGAUCGAUUUCUUCAAAAGGUGUGAAAUUUCAGUCCUUCCUUUGUUCCUGACCCUGCGACCCCACACUGUCAGGACACCCUGAUUGAGGAGGCCACCAUGAGUCAGGAGGGGCCGGAUGACCCCCUCCGCACAGAGAGCCCACCUUCAGAAACAGCCCCAGAACCUGAGCUCGCCCAAGUCCAGGAGGGAGAGUCUGAGCUGGGGGAAGAUGAGACAGACUGCCCUAAGGGUGAAAACAUGGAGGGUGGAACACAGGUGGACAGUGAGGAGGGUGAAGAGGCAGAUGUUAAGCUGGGAUCAGAGACUUGUGAAAAGAAUAUAAAUAAUACAAAAUCCAGUCAAAUGGAGGAAGAUGAGGGCAGGUGCCCUGAAUCUCAGACUGAAAAUGGCAACAGGAGCAUCUGUGAAGGUGAAGACACACAAACCCUGUUGCCCCAGAGCUCAGCAGAAGGCUCAACCAAACCCAUGUGUUUCUUGAGGCUAGAGAACGGGACUGAGGAAGACAGCGAAGGCCAGGAGGACGAGGAAGGGAUCGUCGUAGAACCCUCAGGACAAGGGAAUCUAGACACCUUCAGCUCCACAUUUGAGCUCUCUGUGGAAGAAGCGGACGUCGAGGUAGAGGACGAGGAAGGAGGGAAUCAGAGGGAGAGACACAAUCGGGACAGUUUCAGCUCGACGUUUGAGUGCAUUGUUGAGCAGGUCGACAAGACAACGGCCCUUGAGGAGGAGGAGGAAGACGAGGGAGAGGAAGAGUACGACGGGACAAAAGAAGGCAAGGACGGCUUUAGCUCAACAUUCGAGCGAAUUGUCGAGUCAGAGCUCCUGCGAGGUGGGACUUGCUACAGCAGUCUGGAUUCUCUGGAUGUGUUGUCACUCACAGACGAGACGGACAGCUGCGUUAGCUUCGAGGCACCGCUCACCCCUCUCAUCCAGCAGAGGGCUCUACUAGGCCCUGAACCUCCAGAACUAGAGCUGGAGACUGUGCAGGAAGGGUCCGAGAACCAGGAGUGGGAGGCAGAGGUGGGGACGGAUGCGACAAGGGAGAGAGGCAGGGAUGGAGCCAGCUCUGCAAGUCCGCUACGAACCACCAUACCAGGAAGCAGGUCGGAAAAUGUCUUGAGCCAGCCGGCACAAAGGAACAUCCCUAAUGGAUUCCACAUUGAGCUGCCUGGAAAUGGAGAGAGCGGGGAAACUAUUCCAAACUCUGUAAGCGAUGCCAACUUCACAGAUGUGCUGUGCGACUCGGACUCAGAGUUGGGCAGCGUGGAGACGCUGGAGAGCAGCAGCACAGACACACUCGCCAACGGUUGCCGCGUCGACGCGGAUGCUGCCAAACGAUUGGCUAAGCGACUGUUUUACCUGGAGGGAUUCAAGCGCUAUGACGUUGCCCGACACCUGGGCAAAAAUAAUGAAUUUAGCCAGUUGGUAGCCUCAGAGUAUCUGAGCUUCUUUGACUUCACAGGAAUGUCCUUAGAUAGAGCACUGAGGAACUUCUUGAUGGCGUUUCCGCUGAUGGGAGAGACACAGGAGAGAGAGCGUGUGCUGGUUCACUUCUCCAAACGCUUCUGCCGAUGUAACCCAGAGGAGCUCACUUCAGAGGAUGGCGCUCAUACACUAACCUGUGCGCUUAUGCUUCUGAACACAGACCUGCAUGGACACGUGAACAUUGGGAAAAAGAUGUCCUAUCAGCAAUUUAUCAGCAAUCUGGAGGGACUCAACGACGGCAAAGACUUUCCCAAAGACUUACUCAAGGUGCUCUAUAACUCAAUAAAGAACGAGAAGCUGGAGUGGGCGAUUGAGGAAGAGGAGCUGAGGAAGAGUCUGUCGGAGCUAGUGGAGGAGCAGUGCGAGGCUGGGGGGAAACGGGUUGUCAGGGUAACGGAUAGCAGUAACCCUUUCAUCGCCAUUCCACUUUUACUCAACGCUGCCACUUACAAACAUGGCAUUCUUUCACGCAAAAGUCACGCAGAGAUGGACGGCAAACGCACCCCAAGAGGCCGAAGAGGCUGGAAGAAGUUUUACGCUGUGCUGAAGGGGAUGAUUCUCUACCUGCAGAAAGAUGAGUAUAAGCCUGAUAAAGAUCUGUCAGAGGUGGAUCUGAAGAACGCAGUUCGGGUUCAUCACGCUAUGGCCACGCGAGCCUGCGACUACAGCAAGAGACCUAACGUCCUUAAACUGAAGACGUCUGACUGGAGGGUCUUCCUCCUGCAGGCCCCGAGCGAAGAGGAAAUGAUGUCAUGGAUUUUUAGGAUUAAUCUGGUGGCCGCUCUCUUCUCCGCCCCUGCUUUCCCUGCCGCUAUCGGCUCGAUGAAGAAGUUCUGCAGACCGUUGCUGCCCUCAUCCACCACUAGACUCACACAGGAGGACCAAUUGAAGUCCCAUGAGAACAAACUGAAGCAGAUCGCAAUGGAACUAGAGGAACACAAGAGGAGCCCAGCAGACCUGACGCCCAAGAGCAAAGAAUCCGAAGAGUAUCGAAUCAAAGAGCACUAUUUAACCUAUGAGAAGUGCCGCUACGAGACGUACAUCAGCCUCCUGCAGGCAAAGUUCCGCACAGGAAGUGAUGACCUGGAUAAGAUUGAGGCGAGUCUGUUCAGCGUGGAAGGGAAAGAAGGUCACCUGCGUAAAACCCAGUCGAGCCCGUCCAUCACUCAAGGUCACGGGGUCAACGGACGGGCUGGUCAUAAACACGCACCGGAGCACAAUAGCUGAAGAGCUUUUCUGGCCGCUGUGAACUUUGACCUCAUGCCUGAGACCUCAUGGUUUGGAUACAGGAGACGGACUCAUUUCGUGAAGUAAACGCGUAUCAUUAAAACGUCCGUAUUAUUUCCAUGUACAGUAAAUUUAUUAUGACCAUUAUAUGUAUUAUUACUACGACAGUAAACAGUGUUAAUAAUGCUAUGAAGGUUAUGUGCCAAAUACGAAAACGAGGAGACCGAGACUGUAAACGUAGGAACGUUUAAUGUCAAGAGAGCGUGAAAGGCAACGGCGGAGGAAAUAAGGCACUGUGACAUCAUACAGCCGCAUGUUGUGAUGUCAUCAAGAAUUCUUUGAUUCCAUUAAGGGACAUGAAAUGAAAGCAUAGAAGACGACAUGAGAGAAUGACAGGAUUUAUUCAUUAUUAUAUUUCUUUGUGACAUCAUAACGUGUAAUAAUUCUUAGGCUGUGUGCUGUAAUGGCUUCCUGAUCGACAGGUCUGGUUUAGAUGUAGCAUUCGGUUUACUCGUGAGGUGCCUGUUGAGUAGCCAGUUUAAGGGCUGUGCCACUUGCUUGGGUGCAUGUAAAGAUUCCCCGAGUAUUAUAAGAUACUGUAGUAUACCGCUAUCCCCUUGUAAUUAUUUAUUAUGUUAUAUUUAUUGAUUGUAAAUUUAUUUUCUCCAUUCGGAUCUAUAAUACCGGAAUAUGAGAGGACGCUUCAAUGAUAUAUCAAUCGUUUUCCGUCUUGCAUUCUCCUUGCUAAGGAGCGGAUGGAUAUUUACAGUAUGCUGAUAGAAAGUACAGUGGCUUAAUACACAACAGGGUAUGAGAAAAACAUUGUAAAUUGGUUUGUGUGCACACGAGAAGAUAAGGGACUAAACAUUGCUGGGUUUGCGUAUGCAAAUGUGCGACAAUACACCUUUUGGACUUAAAGCGACAUUAUUUCCCUAUUCGAUGGACUACAAAGCCCCGACCGUGUGUUUCUAUGUGCCUGCAGAACAUUUCAGCCCGGAGAAAACAUUGAGCAGCAGGACUGCAAACAACACCAACCCAUCGCUCUCUAUUCAUGUCAGUUGACAUCAUGAAACACGUCUUUCCUGAUUUUGUAUCACAAAUGUGUGGCUGUCACGACGACGACUGCUCACAAGCCAAUCAAUGAGACUCUGGUCAGCUCUGCUGACAUCUAAUAAUGGUACAAACUUGGAGCAAGUGCAAGUAGAUUUUUAUAGUCCUGUUUUAAAGCAUGAGGACGGUGAGAAUGAGAGAAUGAGCUUGCGGCUCUUUUAUGCUUCAUGGGAUGUGGAAUGAUAUAAGCUGCAAUUUUAUACAUUCUUAGUAAUGGCUUUCUUAAAGGACCUCUCUAUAGCCUACUUUUCGCUUUGGCUGUUGUGCUAACAUGAUUUUCCCGUUAGGGUAGAACUCAGACGCUGUUGUAAUAAAAGAUUGUGAUGAUUAUUU